UAGUAAAUGCUGUCAGAAGAAAUUUUCAAGUUCUAAGAUUUUUGGGAAAUCUGGUUUAUUGGGAGUAAGUUAGCAAUGGGAUGUUUGUGUUUGAGGAAGUCCGCCUCCUUUCCAUCAGUGCCACAUGAUGUAAUGCAAACCCUCAAGAAAGAAACUACACUGAGUCGCAGCCAGAUAAAAUAUCUGUAUAUUAGGUUCACGCAGUUUUCAGGAGGAGGCAAAGAUUCUCCGGGACAGCUGUACAAGUAUAAUUUCUACUCGGGACUGCUGCAUUUAAAUCCCCUACUGCCCACCAUUUUAAACUCCAUGUUUGGGGACAAAAUUACAAUCAGCUUCUAUGAUUUUGCACUAUUCUUGAGCACCUUUCAGGCGCACUCGCUUAAAGACAGUAAAGAGCUUAAGAACGCAACUAAGAAAAGAAAGUUAGACUUGCUCUUUAAUAUGUAUGAUCACAAUAAAGAUGGUCGGAUCACAAGAUAUGAUUUGGUUAUCGUUGUGCACAAGCUGUUCUCACAUCUCUUGGAUCAUGUGCAGAUAAUGAGAGUUGUGGACACCAUGAUGAGGGAAAUGGAUCAGUCCGACAUGAAUUAUAUUCAAUACGAGGACUUUUGCAAGGCGCUGGAGGCCUUUGACAUGACUGAAAAGAUGGUAACCUGGAUACCGGAAUUCCAUGGUAGAACUCACAAUGAUUUACACUAAAUUUUAAUUGUACACGUGCAAAUUUAUUGAUUCAUUUUGCAAAAUACAAGUAUAUACCAAAAGGUGUACAA